AUUAUUGCUACGAGUAGGAUCAGGUCAUCUAGCAUCUAUUCAUCAGCUACAAAGAUGGGGAGCCUUUCAUUAGCCGUCGUGUUUCUGGCUGCUGCCAUUAUUCAAGGGUGUCAAGCUGAGUCCGUACAGUACGAUGACCUUGACCGGUUAUACUACGGCAGUGGUUCUCCGGCAUGUCAUCAUCUUAAACCAGAGAGCCCAAGUGCCAUCGUUAUUAGAUACUGGCUCUAUACAAAACAAAACAAGAACAGUGCACAGGAACUGAAGAGAAAAGACUCUAGUUCCAUCACGAAAUCCAACUUUCAGUCUAGUCGCGACACCAAGUUCAUCAUCCAUGGCUACUCGAGCAACUACAAGAGAUCUUGGGCUCAAUCGAUGAAGAACGCCCUCGUUGAUAAGAACACGAAUGUGAUAAUGGUUGACUGGGAAGAAGGAGCAGGUCGUUACAAUUACGCUCAGAGUAGAGCUAAUACUCGGGUAGUAGGUCUAGAUAUCGGUAAACUCAUCGGCGUGCUGAAAAGCAAGGGAGCGUCUUAUGGCAGCAUGCACAUGAUCGGCCAUAGUCUGGGGGCCCAUACUGCCGGUUACGCUGGCGAGUCCGUGUCUGGCAUUGGACGACUAACUGGAUUGGAUCCAGCAGGACCCGAGUUUACUGGAUAUGGCAGCGUGUGUACCAUCGAUAAAUCAGAUGCAACCUUUGUCGAUAUCAUACACACCGAUGGAGAGUUUACAGGAGCUGGACUUCUUGAUCAGCUAGGACACCAGGAUUUCUACCCAAACGGAGGAGAAUCCCAGCCAGGAUGUGAGGGUACAAGCGUUGCGGAAGGCUGUGAUCACUCGAGGGCAUAUUAUUUCUUUACAGAGAGUAUAUAUUCUAGUUGUAACUUCUCACCUACCAAGAAAUGUACUAAUUGGAGCAGCUACCCCAACUGCAACAAUUGUGGCACCUGUCCGGAGAUGGGUUACGGUGCCUUGAAGAGUAAGGGCCAAGGAGCCUACUAUCUCACGACAAAUAACAAAUCUCCAUACUGCAAAUAAAGAAGGUGCAUGAGCUUAACAUCACCAAACAAACAAAAAAUAUUAUCUUACUGCAAAUAUAAAAUAUCUAUUCUGUUAGUAAAUCCGGAAUGAGAGGUCCAGAGCGUUGCAAUGCAUUGAAGAAGAGAGAAAGCGCACCGACACAAUUUGGGAAUAAUAUACUACUACUAAUAAAUUCACGAUAGAAGUGUGUACAACCAUUGAAACCUCCUUCAGCGUAUGGGAAGCAGGCCAAUGAAAAUAAGACUAAAUAGUACAAAUAGAAGAGAUUAUAUCACAUGUUACAUAUCUUUGAAAGUAAAAUAAAUUAUCAGAAUAUAGAAAUAUGCGCACACUUUAAGGGUUUUGAUCACUUUUGAUAGGCCAUUUUAAAAGUCACAUAUCAACCAAUGAGGGACUUUUAAAUAUAACAAAUCAAACAGACAAAGAGUUCAAUUUCAGAAUUAAAAAUAAUAGUAAUAUUGAUAAUAAUGAUAAUAAUAAUUAUAGUUAUAGUUAUAAUAACAAUAAUAGUAACAAAUAAUGAUAAUGAUAACAAUACUUAAAAUUGCUCAUGUUGCAUUAAACACUAAAUUGGUUAGUACACACAACAUAAGAAAAUAAUGAAAACCUAUAGCUUUGUGGAAAACUGGAGUUAUUGACAAACAGACAAUGGGUUGUCGCUGUUUUAGGGCAGAUCUGAGUUAAAGAACUUAUCCGUCACAAAAGCAAGCAUCGAAACUUUGUGUUGCCCGCAAAAUUUAAAAAGAAAUCUGUAGUUAGUGGAUGAUUCACAAUAUCAGAAACCAGAGCCAUUUAAAAUUGGCGCAUAUAUUGUACAUUUGUUUUUGUUUUCGUCUAGCUUUUUAAUUUCAUUUUUGUGAUGAAGUUAAAAACUUUUCUCGGUUAUUUCAUCUAAUUGCCUUUUCCUUUGAUUUGCUUUGAUGUUUAAAGUAGUUUGUUUAGAAAGAUUUGAAUUCAUUUGAAUAAUUUUAAUUGACGCUAAUAAAAACAAAUAUGGUGCACAUUCUAUUAUGUCUCUGUUAA